AUUUAAUCUCUCACUUAUUUUUUAGAAUACUCAAACUUAUAACAAAAAAUGAAAGAAGAAGAAAACAAUAUAAUAAAAUAAGUAUAAUAACACAAAUAAUAGAUAUAGGAAGAACAUUAAUUGUAUUUUUAACAUUACAUGAUUCCAUUAAAUUAUACCUCUAUACCUAACUAAAUAGAGCACUACCAAUCCACACUCUAAUUCUUAUCUGAAGAGAAUCAUCAUUUACGUAAACUACUCAACCUUAAUUAAUAAUAAUAAAUAAUCUAAUUGACUAAAGAAUAACUUCAAGAGGAAGUGUAUAAAAUGAUUGAUUUCCUCAUGAAAAAUCUUAAUUACUUAUCUAAAGAAUAGAUUUUCACUUAUUAAAAAACAUUUCGUUAUUGGUCCUAAAAAAAGGCACUUAAAUAUAUUUUCUUCUAGAUCUUUACUAGAUACUUACAAGUAUAAAAAAUGUAACUUUAUGUGUAGGCUGUGAAGACAAGAGAAGAAAUGAUUAAGUUUAUUAUUCGUAAAAGUAUGAAGUACCAAAAAUAAACUCAAAACAAGGAAUAAUUAAAAGAGAAAAAAGAAAUGAAGAAAAUGAAUAAUGCAUUCGUCAAGCAAUUAUUUCAAAAUACUUCCUAUUUAUAACAUUAUUAAAACUUUCUAAGUAUUAAUUUUACAUCCGAUUUAAUUAGAUCAAUAUCUAUAAUUGGCAUUAAAUGAGAAUUAAUAAAAGAUUAAGAAAUAUGUAGCAUAUAUUGUGGAGUUGAUAUUAUCUGAUUAAAUACAUGUAAGAUUUAGAAUUAAUAUAUUUAAGCAAGUAUUGGACUAUAAGAGAUUUCCUUGGCUAAAUGAUUGGAUAAAUUAAUCAGUUCAAAUUGCUAAAGACUUAGAAAAUCUUUAAAAGUAAGAUUCAAAAAAAAGAAAAAUCUGAGAACUAUCUUCCAAAU